CACAAGUUCUUCACAGUCAACUUUUUCCAUUUAUUUUUACAACACAAAACGGCAAUCAGAUCCGUUUUGUUGACCCAUCCCCGUCGAUCGACAGGGAGCACAUCUUAUCACACAACAAUCCAACAUUUUACCGGAUGAAGCCACAUUCUGCAUUACUAGUUCCCAUCGGCCGAGGUCGAUGAUCAAUUCCCGUCCGUUUCGGUAGCGCCGCGAAGUGGUCUCCUCCCAUUUCCAGAUGGUCUCUCCUCCUUUUAAUGAACCAUUAAAUCGCUGUUAUCACACACGGCGGCAGGCUAGACUCUGGAAAAAUGAUGGAACGGCUGAAACCACCGGUAGCGAAACGGAGCCGAUGCAGUGAUUCAAACACCGAGCUCGUCUCCAUUAACGGUUGCUUUUUUGAAGAUGAGUUUCGUGAGCAAUUCAAGGCGGCCUGGAAGAGCGGUGUCUCAAUGUGUACCUCGAACACGGUACUCAAGAAUGACCCAUUCCAGCUGGCCGUGCUGCAGAACUUUCUGCAAGAAGAGCCCGAAGCGGCUCACAGUACCAAACAGAUAGAGGAGGAGUUUUGUACGCUCGAAUGGAAACGGAAGCAGAUGGAUUUGUACGAAUUUUACCAGACCAACGAUCUGUGCAGCUUACAGCGCGACCAUCUCCGUGCGUUCUACACCGUGCUGAAGGAGCAAAUGAUGCCCCUGGUAGAGGAGCUCACCGGCAUCAAGCUGACACACGUAUCUGCUUCCUGCUCGAUGUAUAAUGCCGGUGAUUAUCUGCUGGUGCACGACGAUCUACUAUCCGAUCGAAGGAUAGCGUACGUGUUCUACCUAAGCCCCUGGGACCGGCACCGAGAGUGGCAGGAAUCGGAUGGUGGAGCGCUCGAGCUGUUCCGUGCCGACCAGAACUCGUUACCCGUGUUUCCCGUGACUGAUCGUAUAUUCCCUCGGAACAAUCAGCUGGUGUUGUUUCGGGUGUGCGAAAAAUCCUUCCACCAAGUAGGCGAAGUGACGAGCUUCGUCUAUCCACGGUUGACCAUUAAUGGCUGGUUCCAUGGGCCCUCGAUCGACAAAGGUGGCACUGGACGGGGCAACGGCAGCAGCGCCAGUCAGUCUUCGAUCAUUAUCGAUACACACUAUUUUGGACCACGGACAGCCCCCGAUGGAGAGCCCAAUCUGGCGUCCUGGAUCAACGAUGUUUACCUCGUGGACGAGGUAAAGCACAAUGUCCAGAAGAAGGUGGAAAUGUUCUCGGAAGUUUCUCUGGAACAGUUUUUCCUGCGCCCUCGCUUCGACGCGCUGCUCGAAAAUCUACGCCAAGGCGAUGAACUGCAGUGGUCCAUCAAAGGGCCAGCACAUUUGCGCAAGUAUGAGGUGCUCAACUUUAAAUCGUUACCGCCAGGUUGCCCGUUGGCCGCGCUGUACGAUCUGUUCACUAGUCGCGCAAUGUUUCGUCUGCUGUACGAGUACACGGAGCUCGAUUUGUACGGCAAGAAGGCGAAAGCCCCCAAAUGUGCCAUUGAGCUGCAGCGCUGGGAACGCGGAUGCUAUACAGUUCUCGGUGAUUCUUCAACUUACGCCGAUAGUACGCUCGAUCUAACGUUCUAUCUGAACGCUCAGGAUAACGUGGGUGUCAUCACUUACCUGGUACCGGAAGGGGACCAACAGCAGCAGCAGCAGCAACCAAACAGCAAAUCCGUCGAUGAUCAACCCUCGUCGUCUUCAGCAGUGGCGCUACCUUCCCCGUACGGCGAGUGCUUCGACGAAGAUCCCGUACUACUGACGCUGUUACCGAAGGACAAUGUACUGAACGUGGUGUAUCGUGCGGAGGGCACAACAAAGUUUACCAAAUAUGUCUCACAUAACACUUGCCUGGAGCGAAGCGCCGAAUCUGAUAGCUCCGUGCCGCACCCUCCGUACACUUACAUCCUGGUCUGCAGCUACAAGGAGUAGUGCAAUGGUGCACGCGUACAGUGUGUUGCGGGCAAAUGGUUCAUCGGGAAUGUUCUUUCUAUGCAAUAAAGAACUGGCACCGGUGCCACCGCAAAAGCAACCUUGUAGAUGUUUCCUAUUUGGCUGAUUAUAUUUGCGCACCUCAAUUCUUAUCGAUAUUAUCGCAA